AUGGAUGACGAACCUUUUGAAAUUAUCCUCUCCGACUCCAACGAGGAGUCGGCACACUUUCGCUUGCAGAAUGAGCCCGGCGAGAAGCAGCGAGAGCAUAUUACGGGCUACGACCGGAAAGAUGCGCUUCGGGUGCUUGGCAAACUAGCCGCCGUCGUGCACGGACGGACCUCCGAGGACAACGAUACACCGUGCUCGCUCGCCAUCUUCGAGUUCGCGGCGCUGGGCCAGAAGCCCGGGCGUCGCUACCGCGAAGUCCAGAUCGAAAUCAUGUUCGCGGCAUACGGGACCUCUGGGCGACCUAGAGCCAUCCGAGGAGACCUCGCGCGCUGGGACCCGCAGGUCGUAGGCGUGGCGCCACGCGGGGCAAGGAGUCUUUUACGGACGACACGGACAAAAGAACGGAAACAUGGGUUUGAAGCUUCGGUUGAGGCAGGGACAAAUCCGCUCGCAUCGGCUGGAGUUAGUUAUACGUACGAGAUCAGCGACUCGAUUGAGCGCGGGGAUAGUAUGGUGGUGGAGGGCACCGAGGCGUUUGUUAAUCGUGCUGCAGGGAAGCCGAAUGCGGCGCGGUUUACGCUACGCGAGAAUGCUUCGCAGAAGAGCGGCGUGCCGAAGUAUCUGCGCGUUGCGGUGUUGCUGGAGCGGAGGGUAGGUGAUGAGGGGUUGUUUCUUGCGACGGUUAAUGUGCGGGCUCACGUCUCUGUUUUUGCGGAUGCGAAGGAAAGAGUUCGGAGGACCAUGGGGAAGAUACCGAUGGAUGAUGCGGUGUGUUUUGAUCCAAAGAUCCCGCCGACGACGGAUAAGUACCCUGUUAAUAAUCUGGCUUCGGUCUCGUUAUGCGAGGAGUGCUCUAUUGAGAGCGGGUAUAAUGAGAAGGAUGAGGCGGGGGUGGGAUCUAGUGGAUGA